AUGGCUUGUCCCCCACAAUCAGAUGAGCUCAUAUUUUUUGUGAAUGGAAGGAAGGUGACAGAAAAAUAUGCUGAUCCUGAAGAAUACUUGCUUAACUAUCUGAGAAAGGAGCUCUGCCUGACUGGAACUAAAUAUGGCUGUGGAAUUGGAGGCUGUGGAGCCUGCACUGUGAUGAUAUCAACCUACAACCCUGACUCCAGAAAGAUACAACAUUAUCCAGCCAACUCUUGUCUACUUCCAUUGUGCUCAGUCCAUGGUGCUGCAAUAACCACUGUAGAAGGCGUGGGAACCACGAAGACCAAACUUAAUCCUAUACAGGAAAGGCUGGCGAAGUGUCAUGGUUCUCAGUGUGGCUUCUGUACUCCUGGGAUGGUGAUGUCUAUGUAUUCUCUACUGAGAAAUCAUCCUGAACCCAGCAUGGAGCAGAUCACUGCAUCUCUGGAUGGUAAUUUGUGCCGUUGCACUGGAUAUAGACCUAUAAUGGACAGCUUUAGUGCUUUUUCUUUGGAAUGCUGCCCAUUGGCAGGGAGUGGAAAAUGUUGCAUGGAGAAAGAAGAUGUGAUAUGUACAAGUUCUGACAAGGAUAGCGUUAUGCGUUCAGGCCUAUGUAAGCCCGAAGAAUUCCAUCCCAGGGAUCCAACCCAGGAUUAUAUAUUUCCUCCUGAAUUAAUGAGAAUGGCUGAAGAGAACAGAGGAAAAACUCUGGUUUUCAGUGGAAAAAGGACAACAUGGAUUUCUCCUGCAUCUCUAGAAGAACUUCUCCAAUUGAAAGCCACCAACCCACAAGCACCUCUUGUCAUAGGAAAUACAUGUGUAGGACUCGAUAGGAAACUUCUGGAAGUUUAUUAUCCCCUUUUCCUCCAUCCUAUAAGGGUUCCAGAGCUGCAUGUGACCAACACUGGAAACAAUGGCAUACUGAUAGGAGCAGCAACCCGCUUUGCCCAGUUGAGAGACUUCCUACUAAACAUCGUCUCAGAGCUUCCAAUGGAGAAAACCAAGAUUUACCGUACUCUCUUGAAGCAACUGAGAACUCUGGCUGGAGAACAGAUCAGGAGUCUGGCUUCUUUAGGAGGACACAUUGUAAGCAGAGGAUCAACCUGGGAUUUGAACCCUGUCCUGGCAGCUGGGAAAGCUAUUCUCUAUCUGGCAUCAGUAGAUGGAACACGGGAGAUUCCACUAAAUGAUGAAUUCCUUGAACGAAUACCACAAGCAGACCUUUCAGAAAAUGAAGUCAUUGUCUCUGUUUUUAUUCCAUUCUCAGGGGAAAAUGAGUUUGUGUCAGCCUUCCGACAGGCAGAUCGUAGAAGAAAUGCACUGUCAGUGAUAAAUUGUGCAAUGAAAGUCCUUUUCCAGCCAGGCACAGAUGUCAUUCAGGACCUGGCUAUUUUAUAUGGAGGCAUUGAUUGUACAACUGUGAGUGCAAGGAAUUCCUGCCAGAAGCUCAUUGGAAGAAACUGGAAUGAGCAGAUGCUGAAUGAAGCUUGCAAGCUAAUUCUUGAAGAAAUUACACUCUCUCCCUCAGCACCAGGUGGAAAAGUAGAAUACAGACGCACUCUACUUAUCAGUUUCUUCUUCCGAUUCUAUCUGGAAGUACUACAAGACUUAAAAGACAUGUUUCCAUCCAAGUAUCCUGACUUACCAAAGGAAUAUAUGAGUGCUUUAGGCGAGUUCUACGAUGUACCACUACAGGGUGUACAGAUAUACCAGGAUGUAGAUCCUCAACAGCCUCCUCAAGACCCUGUGGGACGUCCCAUCCAGCAUGAGUCUGGUAUUAAGCAUGCCACUGGUGAAGCUGUCUAUGUUGAUGACAUUGAACCAGCAGAUGGACAGCUCUACAUGGCAGUGGUUACCAGCACACGAGCCCAUGCCAAAAUUCUAGCAAUUGAUAUAUCAGAAGCCUUGAAAGAACCAGGUGUGGUUGAUGUAGUAACAGCUAAAGAUAUUCCAGGGAAAAAUGGUGAUGGCAAAGAGGAAGUGUUUGCAGAAGAUGAGGUAUUAUUCAUUGGGCAUAUUAUAUGUGGUGUGGUCGCAACAUCCUCUGAGUGUGCAAAAGAAGCAGCAAAAAAAGUCAAGAUUGACUAUCAAGAUCUGGAAGUGAUUUUGACAAUUGAGGAAGCAAUUAAGCAUAAAUCCUUCUUGACAGAAGUUAAAAAAAUUGAAAGAGGAGAUGUGGAAAAAGCAUUUCAGACUGUGGACAAAACUAUUGAAGGUGAAAUCCACAUUGGGGGUCAAGAACAUUUUUACCUGGAAACAAAUAGUGUGUUUGUCAUUCCAAGAAAAGAAGAUAAUACCAUGGAUAUCUAUGUGUCCACUCAGGAUGCUGCACUUGUACAGGAAUUCGUGGCUUCUGUGUUAGAUGUUCAGAGCAAUAAGAUCAUGUGCCACACAAAACGAGUUGGAGGAGCUUUUGGGGGAAAAACAACUAAACCUCCAUUUUUUGCAGCUGUAGCGGCAGUGGCUGCAAAGAAAACGGGUUGUCCAGUCCGUUUUAUCCUGGAGCGAGAGGAUGACAUGCUAGUAUUUGGAGGCCGACAUCCGCUUUUUGGGAAAUAUAAAGUGGGAUUCAUGAAUGAUGGUAAAAUCAAAGCUGUUGACCUUCUGCUCUUCAUAAAUGCUGGAUGUACACCAGAUGAAUCUGAACUGGUAAUAGAGUAUGUGGUGCUAAAAUGUUAUAAUGCAUAUGAUAUCCCCAACUUCCGAAGCCAAGGAUGGGCCUGCAAGACAAAUUUGCCAUCAAACACUGCAUUCCGAGGGUUUGGAUUUGCACAAUCAGCCCUAAGUGCAGAGAUGUGGGUAGCAGCUGUGGCCGACUACCUUGACCUUCCACCUGACAAGGUCAGAGAGAUGAAUAUAUACAAAACAAUAUCUGAAACUCCCUACCAAGAAGAGGUUGAUGGCAGAAAACUGCUAGCAUGUUGGAAAGAAUGCCUAAAGAAGUCUGAUUACUACAACAGAAAAAAAGCUGUUGAGGAAUUUAAUAAACAAAAUUACUGGAAGAAGAAAGGAAUUGCAAUCAUCCCCAUGAAGUAUUCAGUUGGAUAUUAUUCCACAUUUUAUCACCAGGCUGCUGCUCUGAUUCAUAUCUAUUUAGAUGGGUCAGUGCUGCUGUCCCAUGGUGGAUGUGAAAUUGGACAAGGACUUUAUACCAAGAUGUUACAGGUGGUGAGCCAUGAACUAAAGAUACCACUAUCUUAUAUACACCCGUAUGAAAGAACUACAGUGACAAUACCAAAUGCAAUUGCUACAGCAGGAUCAAUCAGUGCAGACGUCAAUGGGAAAGCAGUCCAGAAUGCUUGCCAAAUGUUAAGGAAGCGCCUUGAGCCAAUCAUUAAAAAAAAUCCUAAAGGAAAGUGGAAAGACUGGAUUAAAGCAGCCUACAAGGAAAGCAUCAGCCUCUCUGCUACUGGCUUCUUCAAAGGAUAUCCUGUCAAUAUGGACUGGGAGAAAGGAAAAGGUCACGCAUUUCCAUAUUUUAAUUUUGCUGCAACUUGUUCUGAAGUUGAGAUUGACUGCCUGACCGGUGACCAUAAGAACCUCCGAACCGACAUUGUCAUAGAUGGCAGUUUCAGCAUCAAUCCAGCCAUUGACAUAGGGCAGAUUGAAGGUGGCUUUGUUCAGGGACUUGGACUUUAUACAUCGGAAGAAAUAAAAUUUUCCCCAGAAGGACAGCAGUAUACAUUGGGUCCUGACACAUAUAAGAUACCGGGUCUUUGCGAUAUUCCAGAACAGCUUGGAAUCUACUUGAUGCCAAAUUCAAGAAAUCCAAUUGCUAUCUAUUCCUCCAGGGGAUUGGGGGAAUCCGGAGUAUUCCUUGGAUCCUCUAUAUUUUUUGCUAUAAAAGAUGCAGUAGGUGCCGCACGGAAGGAAAGAGGAUUAAAUUCUGUUUUCACACUGGACAGCCCACUGAAUGUAGAGAGGAUUCGCAUGGCCUGCGCUGAUUACUUUACAGAGAUGAUUCCAAGGGACAAGCCUGGGACCUAUAAACCUUGGGCCAUCCAAGUAGAUUAAUCUUCUACUUACUGGUUUUUCAAUGAAGUUGUGAUUCCUUUACCACACAAUGUUAUACAUCUCUCUUCAGAAAUAUAUAAUGUGGUUUUCAAUAGGACAUACUCCCCAAAUAAAUGCUUAGAGGACUGCAUCCUUCGUUGUCUAUCAAGACAGUAAUAUUGGAACCAUGUUUAGGAUAUGUUGGCCAAAGAUGUUCAGUUUGAUUAUGCUACCAGAUUUCAAAAAAUAGUUUUUGUAUGUAAGUAGAGUAAAUCUUGUUACAGUGUAUGUUGAAAUGCCUAGAAAGUAACUUAUAGAUUUCACCGUAUAAUUUAUAGGAUUAGUGCAAAAAAUAGGAGAUUGUCUGACCAAUCUGUGAGAUUCAGCAAAUACAGCUGCUCCUCCUUUAGCAACCAUUCACAAAUAUAACAGUAAUAAAAAAAAAUAAUUUUCCAACCACUUACGAGCAAAUUUCAUGCGCCUGACAACAACAUACGCUGGAGAGAGUAACGCUGGCAUAGCUGUAUCACAGAAAUUUAUCUGAAUGAGAUAGCAGCAACCAGUGAUCUCUCUCUGUCUUUCAGUCAUGUGGUCACUCAGCAUUUUGCUUCCAAUUUAAGGAACGGAUUGCAGUUGCUAAACAAGGAGAGGAUAUAUAGAGAGAUAUUUACCUAUAGAUCUAUAAAAAUAUUAAAAUUCUAUAAACUGUUGCUUGUAAGAUGUACACCUCACCUCACCAAUUGAAUCAGUUGCUACAGUUGUGGAACACUCUUAACUCUUCAGGGUAAGGGUAAGUAGGUCAACAAUAGAUUAAAACAGUAGAGCUUCUAUGGGGAAAGGAAAGACAGAAUUGGAUGGGAGAAAAAUGUCAUUAUGGAUAAUUUUAUCUUGUUUGUGGGCAACUAAGGUAAGCUUAUCAAGGACAUCAUAUGCUAGAAAUGAACAGCAGCUAUCAGCACAGUAGUAGAUGCCAGCAAGGCAAUGGCGAUUUCUAGGAGUGCAUAUUAUACUGCUAUGUAAGAAACUUGGUUAUUUUCAUGUGGCCCUUUCCAAUGAUUUACAAAAGGGCACUUGAAAAAUAGCUGCAUAUUCUAUAUAAUGUUAUAUAUUAAAAAUGGCCCUUUUAUCUGUCUGCAUGCACCUACACAUAUACUAUGUGGAAUUGUAGUGAAG